AGACAACACCGCACUGGGACCUAGAGGUCCCCACCACAGACGAAUCCUCCUACAUCCUCUCAGAGACCCACAAAAAUGGCAUAGAUGACGUUACAGAAUCCCACAGAGACCAAUAUGAAGAAGACACAACCGACGAUACCAAACAUGGCCGACAAGUUGUUACCUCUCCAACUCAGCUCACUAACAACAAACCAACUGAAGGAGGGGAAGAGCUGGGCAGUGAACUUAAGGUUGACUCUGAUGCACAGGUGGAAACAGCUUCCCCCAAGAAGAGCAAGGUCAAGCGGCCUGUCAAUGCAGAGAGGAAGAAAAAGGCUGAUAAAUCAGGCAAAAAGAGUAAAGCAGACAAGAAAAGGUUGAAGGCUACUAAAGACAGUGAUGGGGGCUUCUAUCGUGGCAGGAGACCAGGGAAGAAGGCCGCUAUUAACCAGGAGAAAGAAGCAGACAACAAGAGGCCCCCCACAAAACAGCCAAACCUCUUAGUAUCCUUUUUUGGACAUUUUGAGAAGAGACGACGUCUACUUGUGAUCAGUACUCCAGACGAGGAGAAUCCUAUGUACACGCAGCAGAGAGAUGAGUAUCUGGAGCAUGUGUGUGAAUUGGGCGUCAGAAAAAUCUCUCUUAUCACCAUCUUUGGCUCUCUGACCAAUGGCACCAUGAAGAUGGACCAUUACCAGGCUGAGAAGGAUCAGCCUCUAAAAGGCAUGAAAGAAGAGGACUUCACCAACCAGCCCCUCAUCAGAGCCUUGAGGAAUGAGUUGGGACUGAUAUUUGACGACUACUAUAUGGUGCUGACCGACUUUGAUAUGAAAGUGAAGCAAGAAUAUGAGGUGCCCAUCGCCAUGACGGCUGUGUUUGACUACAUAGACACAUUCUCUUCUCGCAUCAAGGAGAUGGAACAGCAGAAGAGGCAAGGAGUGACGUGUAAGAAGGAAGACAAAUCCAAAUCUCUGGAGAACUUCCUCUCACGGUUCCGCUGGAGACGCAGGCUAUUUGUGAUCUCCUCCUCUGACGAUGAGGAAUGGGCCUAUCAGCAGCAGCUCUACGCCCUGACUAGCCAGGCCUGCAAUCUGGGCCUGCGCCACUUGUCUGUGCUGAAGCUGAUUGGAAAGGACAUGGAGGAUAUGGGCGGGACCCUUGAGCUAUACCCAAUCAACGGGACUGCCACUGUGGAACGUGAGGACGUUUCUCCCUCUCUGGUGCAGGACAUCAGGAACUACUUCCAGAUCAGCCCAGAGUACUUCUCUAUGCUGCUGGUGGGGAAAGACGGCAACGUCAAGUCCUGGUACCCGUCUCCCAUGUGGUCCAUGUCCAUCAUAUAUGACCUGGUUGACUCCAUGCAGCUCCGCAGACAGGAGAUGGCUAUCCAGCAGUCCCUUGGCAUGCGCUGUCCUGAGGAUGAGUAUGGGGGCUACGGUCAUGACAGAGACCCGGAUGGUUACCACCGUGGAUAUGGUUACUAAAGGAUUGAGAAUAGGAUGUUCCCCUUAGGAUGUGUUUGAUUUUCUAUUGAGGCCUGGUUGUGGCCUUGUCCCAUGAACUAUAUGAAGCCAUUGUAUGAAUGGCAUUUCUUGAAGGCUUUUUUUUUGCAUUUUGAUAACUGUGACGUUGUUUUAUAAGAAUUGACUUUUCUAUAAUAGAUUAUGAAAACGCAGCAUACUUUUUCUCCCAUAUAUAUUUGAAUGUAUGAUUUGCUUCACAGGGAGAAUAGAGAUUUCAGAUUAAAAACAUUUGGCAAUUGC